AUGUACGUAGGAGGAAACCUACGCUGUCGAAAGGAGUCGCCCUCUCCAUCACAUGAUAUACCGGGCCGACCGGGAAUCGAACCCGGGACCUCAGAGGUGACAGGCGCUGAUGUUUCCUUUGUCCCACUCCGACAGCCCAGUACCCACUGCCCCACUCCGACAGCCCAGUACCCACUGCCCCACUCCGACAACCCAGUACCCACUGCCCCACUCCGACAACCCAGUACCCACUGCCCCACUCCGACAGCCCAGUACCCACUGCCCCACUCCGACAGCCCAGCACCCACUGCCCCACUCCGACAGCCCAGUACCCACUGUCCCACUCCGACAGCCCAGUACCCACUGCCCCACUCCGACAACCCAGUACCCACUGUCCCACUCCGACAGCCAAGUACCAACUGUCCCACUCCGACAGCCCAGUACCCACUGCCCCACUUCGACAGCCCAGUACCCACUGCCCCACUCCGACAGCCCAGUACCCACUGUCCCACUCUGACAGCCCAGCACCCACUGCCCCACUCCGACAGCCCAGUACCCACUGCCCCACUCCGACAACCCAGUACCCACUGCCCCACUCCGACAGCCAAGUACCCACUGUCCCACUCCGACAGCCCAGUACCCACUGUCCCACUCCGACAGCCCAGUACCCACUGCCCCACUUCGACAGCCCAGUACCCACUGCCCCACUCCGACAGCCCAGCACCAUAA